AUUUAAAAUUGCUUAUUUUAAUACCAUAAGUCUAAGCCGGACACCGAUUCAGUGAGAGCGUUGAAACCCAACACCAUCAACAUCCCCACCCCAAAGUCUCUCUCUUUGCAUUUUUUGGAUAGUUAUUGAACGGAAAAAGUGAAUAAAAAAAGGACGAUUUCCAGUUACGGUUUAUUUUCGUGGCAAGCAAGCUAUGGCUUCAUCGAACUUCGGUUAUCCAUCGGUUUCUUGCCCUCGCUGAUCUUCAGCGAUUCUCCGGCAACAUUUGCGAUCAGGUUGGAGGCUAUUAUGUUUGCUGGAUACAUUCUGACAGUGGUCUGUGAUCUUUCUUGGUAAGAAGCUCAAACAAACACUUCUUAUCAUUCUGCGUAAUAGCUUUCAGGUUGUGCUAUAUUGGUGCUUUUUCUGAAGGAAUCCAAUUUCAGCACCCAUUCUUUAGCAGUAAAUAUGCUACCCAGUGGGUUGAAAGAUAACCAACUCCGUGAGAGCAACAGCCAAAAGGUCCACCCUCAACCCAUGGAAGAGUCCACUAAUCAAAAUCCCGAACCUUUGGAAGCCUUGAUAUCCAAGAUAUUUACAAACAUCUCCUCCUUGAAGUCAUCAUACAUCCAGCUUCAAUCUGCUCAUACUCCAUAUGAUCCUGAAAAAAUCCAGGCCGCUGACAAACUUGUUAUUUCUGAGCUGAAGAACCUGUCUGAGCUUAAGCACUUUUACAGGGAGAAAUAUCCAAAACCAGUAUGUGUUUCCCCUGAGGACUCUCGCUUAGCUGCAGAGAUUCAGGAACAACAGAGCCUACUGAAAACAUAUGAGGUUAUGGUGAAGAAAUUCCAAUCUGAAAUUCAGAAUAAAGAUACUGAGAUUCUUCAGUUGCAGCAGCAGAUUGAGAAGGCAAAUCAGAAGCGAGUGAAGCUGGAAAAGAAUCUUAAGCUGAGGGGCUUGUCAACCAAAGAAUCAGAAGGGUCUGGAGAUGAAAAUAGAAUUUUUCCUGUAGAGCUCACGCCUGAGCUGUUCAUAUCUGCUGUGGAAGCGGCUUUCAAAGUCAUUCAUGCUUUUUCUAAACCUUUGAUCAACAUGAUGAAAGCAGCUGGGUGGGACCUCGAUGCUGCUGCCAACUCCAUUGAACCUGAUAUUGUUUAUGCAAAGAGAGCUCACAAACAGUAUGCAUUUGAAUCUCAUAUAUGUCAAAGAAUGUUCAGUGGGUUUCAGCAGGAAAGUUUCUCUAUAAAGUCAGAUAAUGUGACAUUCACCAAGGAGAGUUUCUUUCACCAGUUCCUUGCACUAAGGGAGAUGGAUCCAUUAGAUGUCCUAGGUCAGAAUCCAGAUUCUGUUUUUGGUAAAUUUUGCAGGAGUAAGUAUCUGGCAGUGGUUCAUCCAAAGAUGGAAGCUUCAUUGUUUGGAAAUUUGGAUCAGCGAAAUUAUGUGAUGGGAGGUGGGCACCCUAGAACACCCUUUUAUCAAGCUUUCUUAAAACUGGCCAAGUCAAUAUGGCUUCUGCACAGGUUGGCAUAUUCUUUUGAUCCGAAUGUUAAGGUCUUUGAGGUUAGGAGAGGUAGUGAGUUCUCGGAGGUUUACAUGGAAAGUGUUUUGAAAAAUCUAGUACUGGAUGAAAACCAGAAACCUAAAGUUGAGCUAAUGGUCAUGCCUGGUUUUUGGAUAGGAGGCGGUGUGAUUCAGAGCCGCGUUUAUCUCUCAGGUGUGAAGGUUGCUGAAUAAUGACCAACUAAAUUAAUUGGGAUGUGCUUUGUUUCAAUGUAAUGUACAUCCUUCUAAUAAGGGGUUGUAAUGUUUGUAAGGGUGUAUUGUUAAUUUGUGUAGGUGUAAAUUAGCUUUCACAUCUAUCGAGUCUUAAUCUCGCGCGUGUAUUGGGCUUUUUGGCGUUAGGCUAUGCUCUGCAGGUGGCAAUUCAAUUAUGCUUAUUAUUAUUAUUAUUAGUUACUGAUGCAACCAUUGUAAAACUUGAUUUCUUCAAAGGAGCCGGUGCCGCCCGUACCAAGAAGGCAUGAGGUUAGUGCAUGUUUUGAAAACAUAGAUCAGGAAAAGUUUGUUUAUAUUUGUGGAUCACGAAUGUCCCUUGUAUAUAGUCAAAGUUGUGGUUGUAAACUUGUAAUAUAAAUAUUUCACUACGUUUUUUUUCCGUCAAAUAAUUAUCUCAAUAUGUUGGAUGGGAACUUUGUGAGCGCUUCUAAAUGAAAUAUAACUUCAGUUUCUAUUUAAUUA